AUGGCUGUCGUAGCGCGCUUUGGCCAGCAGGGGGCAGGGCAGCCCGUCCAUCACGCCAAGCGCACCCCAGGCUCCCUGGCGCUCCCCUGCUCUGCUGCAGCUCGGAGGCCUGGGCCCUGUAAAAGAGGUAGCUCCUCUUUCUUUUUUCCAAGGAGAGAAAAGCUAUUCCUCACUGAGCCUAACUCUAAUUCUCUGCUUACAGAAAUCCAAGCUGCAUCUGAACUACCCGAGGAAAAGUGUACUCUAGCAGAGGGGCAGACCUUGAAAGUGCACUGUCCCGUCACCCAUGACACGGAUUCCAAAAGCCGGAAGGUUUGGCAGAGUCUGAAAGAUAAAGGGGAGGUCCAGACGCUGGCAAUCACAGAGAGAGUCUCGGGGGAGUUCAGUCAAGUCCAGGUGGGGAAGUACUUCCUAAAAGACGUCCCCAGUGAGAGCAGGCUGCACGUCCGAAAGACCAACCUUCGAGUGGAGGACACAGUACUGUACCGAUGUGUGAUCUACCAGCCUCCCAAGGACCCCAUCAUCCUGUUCUACCCUGUCCACCUGGUGGACCAAGAGAAGUGGGUGAAAGGUGAGAAUCCUACCCAGAACUUGGCUCAGGUUCCCACCCUUCCUCCUAUCACCACCAAGUACUGGAGCAAGCUCCAUCCCAGCCCCAGGACUGUGACCCAACCCCUCCCCAUGUCAGCUACCAGUGUCUCCUCUCCUGGCCUCAAAGUCACCCCCCCAAAUGUGACAGAUGUCACCAGGGCCCCUGGGACCAGCAUUGUCAUUCUCAUGGCACGUGGACUCCUGGGUAAGGGUCUGGUCUUCAUUGCUCUGUUUGCUGUCACGCAGAGGUCAUUUGCAUCCUAGGCGCUGGAACCCACGAGAAUGAACUCUGACCCCCAUCCACGUCCACCUGGCAGUUGUGUCCAAAGAGGAGUGUGAGGAGAAGGAGAUGGGGUAGGGGGUCAAUGACAUGAGUGGAAGCUGUAGCACGGGUACUUUCUAAGGCUCAGGAUCCCACGUUCUUGGCCCUGCUAACAACCCCUCAUUUCACUGAUAACCUUGGCUGUGUGCUUUGCCCCGUCACAAGAGAAGCUACGGCCCCAAACGUGCCAUUCCACCAGCAGCUCAGGGUGUGCAUUAAAUACACUGCCCGAUGCUUUUCACUGUCAACGUCUUAUGGGGGUCGUGAGGCACAGAGGGCACAGCUGCUAACUCUGCCCUGGUCCUUGCCCUGGACCACAACAUUUUGGCCCGAAUUGGACAGAAUUCCCACUAGAGAGCAUCCUGUUGGCCCGACUGCUAGGGCCGUCCUCUCCUCUACAAUCAGAUGUUUACGUUUCUCCCCUGAAUUUACGGCCCUUUCCAACACUCCCAGGAAAGACUGUUGAAAACCACGUAACGAAGAGAAGAUGAGAUUCCACGGUGAGGAUUCCGUAUUUGGGAAAGUGGAACACUGGGAGGAUGUGCUAGGAUCCAAGGCCUAGGAUGGAAAAGAGGAUAUGUGCAUUUAUUGUGUGUGUCAUCACGGAUGCAUUUUGUCACUGGAUCCUCAGAACAGCCCCAUGGAGGCAGAGAAGUACAUGGCUGGAAGGAGACCACAUGAGAAGUAAGUCUCCUCUUACUGGCAGAAACAAAACCUAGAGCUCCCUUACUGAAGAUCAAGCACCUCAAAGCCAUAGAGAAUGGAAUAACGGGGAG